UCCUGAUGGUCUCAGCCCACUCAGAAACACAAACUGGACUUUCUUUGCUUCCAAACAUGAUAAAGACGACGCAGCUUCAUGAAGACAUCCACAGCAGAAGAGGAGUGGAGGGAAAAGAGGAAUACUCCUCCUCACUCCUCCAUUCACAGAGAGCUCCAGCAGAACUCCCGGGUCCCCCCUGAAUGGACCCUCUGAGCCAGAACCUGAGUCCUGCUGCAGAGCCCAGCUGACCGCUGCCCCUCUUCUCUGACAUGAACUUUACUUCCUGUUUGGAGCAGAAACUUUUCCUCCUCUGAAGGAUUUUUUCUUGUUUUAUUUUAUAUUUUAUUUUUGGGGACCACGAUGAGUUCGGAGGUGCGCGACCUGAACUCCCUGCUGCCCCCGGUCCCGGCGGGCCCCAGCCCCCUGCCCGUCUCCACGGCCCCCCAGUGGGCUCCUGUCCUGGACUUCCACUCCGCCGCCGCCUCUCCGUACCCCUCCUUGGCCGCCCCCCACACCUCCCUGGGGGCCCACUCCUUCAUCAAGCAGGAGCCCAGCUGGGGGGCCGCGGGGGACCCCCUCCACCACGACGCAGACCCCCACUGCGGCCUCAGCGCCUUCACCGUGCACUUCUCGGGUCAGUUCACGGGCACCGGGGCCUGCAGGUACGGGGCGGCGUUCGGGGCGCCGCCUCCUCCUCCUCCUGCGCCGGCGACCCCCAGUCAGCCCCCGCCGGUGAGCGGCCCCCACCACCACCAGGCCCCCGGCAGGAUGUUCAGCAGCCCGUCUUACCUGAGCAGCUGCAUGGACCCACAGCCGGCCCCCCGAAACCAGACAGGUUACAGCGCGGUCGCCUUCGAAGGAGCCGGUAAUUACGGUCACACUCCCACACACCACAGCUCGCAGUUCUCCGGACACUCCUUCAAACACGAAGACGCCCUGACCCAACAGAACCCCAUGGGCGAGCAGCAGUACCCCGUCCCCCCUCCGGUCUACGGCUGCCACGCGCCUUCAGACGGAUGUCCCAGCAGCCAGGCUCUGCUGCUGAGGAACCCGUACAACAGCAGCGACAACUUAUAUCAGAUGGCGUCUCAGCUGGAGUGCAUGGGGUGGAACCCCGUUAAUCCGCUGGCCUCCACCAUAAAGAGCCACGCGGCGGGCUACGACAGCGACCCCAGCACACCGAUGGUGUACAGCUGCAGCACGCAGUACCGCAUACACACGCACGGAGUCUUCAGGGGCAUCCAGGACGUGCGGCGGGUUCCCAGCAUCACUCCGGCCAUCGUGCGGUCCGAGAGCAGCGAAAAGCGCCCCUUCAUGUGCGCCUACCCAGGAUGCAACAAACGCUACUUCAAACUGUCUCACCUGCAGAUGCACGGCCGCAAACACACAGGGGAAAAGCCCUACCAGUGUGAGUUCACCGACUGCGGUCGCAGAUUUUCUCGCUCCGAUCAGCUUAAAAGACACCAGAGGAGGCACACAGGAGUUAGACCGUUCGAAUGCGAGACGUGUCAGAGAAAGUUCUCUCGGUCUGACCACCUUAAGACACACACACGGACUCAUACAGGUAAAACAAGUGAGAAGCCGUUUAACUGCAGGUGGCCCAACUGUCAGAAGAAGUUUGCUCGCAGCGACGAGUUGGUGCGACACCACAACAUGCACCAGAGGAACCUGACCAAACUCCAGCUCUCCAUCUGAGCCCAGCUAGACGCAGAAAUUUGGUUUCUGAGCUGAAAAGUUACAAUUUGACGUUUCUGCAAACCAUAAAUAGUGUUAAAUCUGAAUUUAGACGCAAAAAUCUCUUUGAUUUGUGUUGAAAAAGUCUCUUUUUAUCCUGAAAGCCACCUCAUAUUUUCACCAUUAAACACUAAAACCUUUGGUUUGCAGAAAAGUUGAAUAUCAAACUUUAUUUUUCCAGCUGCUGGGUUUCCCCUGCCAAAAAAAAAAAAUACAUUUAGGUAAUUUGUGAUUUCUGUAAAACGGUUGCUGUUUUAAUCCUAAUAGUUGCAGGUUCAGAUUAUUUUCAUCUAAUCUGAGGUUUAGCACCUUUUCCUGUUUUGUAAAUGUUUCUUAUGUGGAACUACUUUGGGAAAGCUUAUUUAUUCUCUCUACGCUUUCACUGGAAUUAUUUAACGGGCGAAGAGGUGCUGGUGACUUCCUGCAUCCUCUCCAACAGAACCUCUUCGUCUUUUUUUAAGUCACUCUGUUGUAGCUUUUAAUUUGAAAAGAUAGUUUGUGUUUGCCUCGUAAAAAAGCUUUAAAGGCUUUUAAAAAGCUGAGGAUUUGUUUCUCUAAAUUGUCUUUGUGGUGUGUAAAUAUUCCUGUUUUUUUUUUUUUUUUUUUACCUGCUGGGUUUGUGGUCGAGAUGUAAAUAAUUAUUCUUCACUGUGGGGAUAAUAAGUCGUGUAAAUUAACUGAUAUUUUUUUUUCUUUAGUUGGAUCAGAUUUUUUUGCUUUUCUUUCCUCUGAUGUUUUUUUCAUUUCUG